AUGAUAGAGCUAAAUUAUAAUUGGAUUAUAGAUCUUGUCAUUAAGGAUGCUGAAAUACAUGAUGGUGUAAAUCAUUCCAAUACACCAAUUUGGUUUGUUGUUAUUGCAGAUGGAGUUCCACAACCGUUUUCAACACCACAAGUACAAAAUUCGAAAAAUCCCACAUGGAAUUAUCCAGCAAGAUUAGUUCUGAAAUCACUAGAUAUAUCUAAAUCGUUUUUAUACGUUGCAUUAUGCACAUCUGGACCAAAUAAUGUUAAUAUACCGCUAUGUAGUGCAAGAAUUAGCUUAAGAAACUUACCUAUUGGCUCUCCGAAAUCAUUUAAAUUCCCUUUAAUGCUUACAAAUAAAGCAGAUACAGAAGCAUGCACAGUCAGAUGCGCGGCCACUCUAUCUAGCUUCACUCCACAAGUGUACUUGCAGCCAUCUAUUAAUAGACCAAUGAUGACCGGUGGUAUGCAACAAAUGGGCGGAUAUGCACAACCAAUGAAUAGGAAUUUUGGCUAUUAUUAA